AUGGCAUGGACACUAACACCCAAGGAUUCUUAUGCUGCUUUGUUUAGUGACAUUUUUAUUACGUCAUCCUGGACAGAAGGUUGUGAGGGGUACCAAAGUCUUGCCACCCCCAAAAUCUGUCUUUUGGGAUAUGAUUCAAGACUGGUUAUUAAGAAACUAAGGACUCGGAAAGAACUGGUUGGAGCAAAGUCCUGUUCACCUGAAGGUCAUGGGUUCAAUUCCUGCACUAAUAUUCUGAGGGAGCCUGUGUGUUUAGGAAGAUGUGAGCACAUCUUCUGUAGUAACUGUGUAAGUGACUGCAUUGGAACCGAAUGUCCAGUGUGCAACACCCCAGCCUGGAUACAAGAUGUGAAGAUAAACAGACAACUGGACAACAUGAUCCAGCUUUGCAGUAAGCUUCGAAAUUUGCUGUAUGAGGGUGAGCUUUCAGAUUUUAAAGAAGACACAUCCAGGAAAAGUUUAUUUAAUCAUGCAGAAAGUAAGAAGAAUUCAAUAAAAAUGUGGUUUAGUCCUCGAAGUAAGAAGGUCAGAUAUGUAGUAAGUAAAGUUUCAGUGCAAACUCAGCCUCAAAUGAUAAAUGAUGAAAAUGCCUCGACGUAUGAAUAUGUUUCUACGAGUCCUCCAGUUGAUGUUUCUGCGAGGGCUAAAAAGGCUUCUACAAGAUAUGGAAAAAAGGGGAAAAAGAAAACUUUAACUAAAAUCAACCAAGAAUGGAAUUUAGAGGCAGACAAAAAAGAUGGCGAACUUGACUCCAGAGAGAAAUGUAAGGAAAAGCUGGUAUCUUUCUGUGUCCAACCAUCUGUUAUUGCUAGUCCUCAGAGAAACGGUGAAAUAGACUUACUAGCAAGUGGCUCUGUAGCAGAAGAUGAAUGUUUUGGAAACUUAACCGAAGUCUCUUUACCGUUGGCUGAGCAAAUAGAGUCUCCAGAAAUUGAGGGCAGGGAUGAAGUAAUGACUCCUGAGAAGAAUCUCUGUGAAAAUGAUCUUACAUCUGAGAAGUCCAUGUCCUUAGGUCAUAAUGGAAAACGCCGGCGUCACAGGAGACUUUCCAGUCCCGUUUCUAAGAGAUGUAGAAGCAGCAUUCCCAGCACCAGUGGAAAUUUUGUUAAGCCAACAGUGCUCUCAGAAAACAUCCCGUUGCCUGGCUCUUCUUUGCCACCUUCAAGCAAACUUAAAGUUGGUGACACAUUAAGGAGGAAAACCAGAACUAUAUUAGAUGAGUCCUUUAGCUCGUCACCAGGUUCACCACCUUCUACACUGAAUAAUACAAGUUACGGACGAAUGCUGUCCAGCCCUUCGGCCUUGAAGUUGUCGCAGGGUAACCUUACGACUGUGAAAAGAAAUCACAAGGGCGAGACUUUGCUCCAUGUUGCUUCAAUUAAGGGCGACGUGCCUUCAGUUGCAUACCUCUUACAAAAUGGAAGCGACCCAAACGUUAAAGACCACGCUGGAUGGACACCAUUGCAUGAAGCCUGCAGUCAUGGGCACCUGAAGAUAGUGGAAUUGUUACUCCAGCACAAGGCAUUGGUGAACACCCCUGGGUAUCAGAACGACUCACCACUCCAUGAUGCAGCCAAGAAUGGGCACGUGGAUAUAGUCAAGCUCUUACUGUCCUAUGGAGCUUCCAGGAGUGCUGUUAACAUAUUCGGCCUGCGACCUGUGGAUUACGCGGACAGCGAGACUGCGCGGUCGCUGCUGCUGCCGCCGGAGAAGAGGGAACCGUUGCCUGCCGGCCGCGGCUCAGCAGGAAGCACGGAGGUAGCUUCGGUGCACACUGCUCGGCGUAGGGAUGGACCUCUUGUUUUGAUAGGCAGCGGGCUUUCUUCAGAGCAACAGAAAAUGCUCAGUGAGCUUGCGGCAAUUCUCAAGGCUAAAAAGUGUGCUGAGUUUGACACUACAGUGACUCAUGUCAUCAUUCCUGGUGAUACAGUUCAAAGUACCCUGAAAUGUAUGCUUGGGAUUCUCAAUGGCUGCUGGAUCCUAAAAUUUGAAUGGGUGCAGGCAUGUCUGCAGAGCAGGCGGUGGGAGCAGGAAGAGAAGUACGAGAUCCCUGCGGGGCCACAGCGAAGCAGGCGCAACAGAGAACAGCUGUUGCCAAAGCUGUUUGAUGGAUGCUACUUCUAUUUGGGAGGAAUCUUCAAACACCAUCCAAAGGACAACCUUAUUAAGCUCGUCACUGCAGCUGGGGGCCAGAUCCUCAUGAGGAAGCCCAAGCCGGACAGCGACGUGACUCAGACCAUCAACACCGUUGCCUACCAUGCCAGACCCGAUUCCGAUCAACGCUUCUGCACACAGUACAUCAUCUACGAGGACUUGUCCAGCCAUCGCCCCGAGAGGGUUAGGCAGGGCAAAGUCUGGGUGGCUCCUUCCAGCUGGUUUAUAGGUUGUGUGAUGUCCUUUGAGCUGCUCCCACUUGACAGCUGAACAUGCACCACAGGAGCACUUCAGGUUGAGCACAGUGUGAGAGCCCAACUGCCUCACUGCUUUAAUCAGUCACAGUUUUAUAAACGGGCACACUCACUCAUACAUGUUUUGUUUUUUUUAAUUAAAAAAAUCUUAUGCUAGAUUAGGAAUUUAUUCUAUGUUUACCAUUUAGAUGCUGAGCUUGCAUUGAAGGAUCUUUAAGAAAAACUGACAUAUGUUUUGAUUUAUCAUGUCUUUCUACUCAAAUUAUCAGCUAUCAAAGAUUAAUGAGAGUUCCAGAAUUGUUGGUUGAUAUACAAGUGUUAUCAUUAAAGUCUAAGCCUAUUAGUGUUUUUUGAUGAAAUAAUACACACCUGCCACCAGCAGCAAUACUUGCCACCCUUUAGUAAACAAAGAAUAUUGUCACAUAAUUUAUUGUGAUGAAAAUAGAGCACCUGGCCGACAUGUGUUACCAUAGGUGUUAACUUUUUCUCCUGUCUACAGUUGUAUUCAUUUUACAUUGUGUUUAUUGAGUUUCUUAUCAUUUACUUGCAUGUCUGCAUCUAUGUUUUUAUGCCUUAUUUUUAUCUUGCCUCUCUAACCAGGAAAUCAUGAUUUGAACCUUUGGUGGUGAAAAUCAGCAUGGGCUCAUGGCACAUCUUUUUACGUGUACACUUGCUUAUGGUUGACUGUCGGUGUGCUGCUGUAUUUAUCUCUAUGAAUGCAUACUUCAAGCAUUUUCUCCAACAUAUUUUAGUAUCAAUAUUUCUUAGAAGGUCUCAUCAGAUUAGCAAAUUGUUGAUCAAAUGUUAAUAAAUUAAACUAGGAAGCAGUCUUUUUCUGGUACCUAUUGCUAAAAUAUUUUUUUGAAGGUCUUAAUUUCUUCCUUCAUGAAGAUUUUUUUGUGGAGUUUUUUUGUUUGUUUUAAUUUUUAGGUUGCUGUAGAGGCAGAAGUUGGGGAUUACUUGAUAUAGAACAGAUUUUAUACAGAUGGUACAAAGAGCAGUAACAGUAAGUCUGGAGGUUAGAGGUAGGAGUGGGAAGAACUUGCUCAAACAGCAGGACAGUCAAGGCUGCGGAGUAGUGGACAGAAGACCACCUGAGAAUGGGAAGACCUGGGGAGGUUACUCGAGUCUGAGUGUUCUUGUUUAUGAAUCCACAAGGUAGAUUAGAUCAUUUAAAACAUGUUUUAAGAAGUCUUUCUAGAAAUUGAAUGUUCUUAUAACUAAGGAAUGGAAAGAAAGACACUGUGAGACCUCUCAGUUUGGUCACUACCAGGCCAGAGAGAGCAGUUUGAUGACCAUUGGAAGUUAAUGGACAUUUUAAGAUUCACUUGUUUGAAAGUUGGAGAUUCUGCUGAUAACUCAAAAUAAAUUUUACUUUAAUUUCUUCUUAGACAUGUUACUUUUCCAUAUCAGAAAAUAUGUGAAUACAGUAAUAUACUGCUGACCCUGACCUUCAAGGGUGAAUUCGCUCUGAGACUCUCCCCAGUAAUGUGUGUCCUGCAGUUCAUUCUAACAGAGAAUGACGAGCACCGUGGCACCAAACAGAUCUGAGAGUUAGCUCGUGUCUGCAUGGAGAUUUUAGGAUGCUUUGGGAUUUGGG